AUGGUACAAACCAAUUUAAAGGAGGAAGUAAUCAGUCCACUCCAUAAGGAGCUUAACUUGGACCCAUCCAAUGAAAAUAACUGUAGUCCAGUUGCUAACAUUUCCUUCCUGGACAAUGUGCUUGAUGUGCUGACCAAGUUCUACCAGCAUGUUUUGGCCUUGGUGUUUGCCAUAAAAGAGAUCAACGAAGAUCCUAAGAUCUUGCCUAACAUCAGCCUUGGGUUCCACAUCUAUGACAGCUACUAUGAUGUGAGGAUGACCUAUCGGACCAUGUUGGACCUGCUCUUUAAAUCACAUAAAUUUGUUCCCAACUACAAAUGUGAAUUCAAGAAAACACUCAUAGGCAUUAUCGGGGGACUGGGCUCUGAUACCUCCUUCCAUAUGACAGAUAUCUUAAGUCUCUACAAGAUACCACAGAUAACGUAUGGCUCAUUUGCCUCAGAAGAGAUUGAAGCAACUCAGGCCUCUUCCAUUUACCGCAUGGUCCCAAAUGAAGCCUAUCAGUAUAUGGGAAUUAUCCAUUUACUUCAGUAUUUCAGAUGGACAUGGGUUGGACUCCUUGUUGUGGAUGAUGAUAGUGGAGAACAUUUCUUGAAGACCAUGGAGUCCUUGCUUUCCCAGAAUGGAAUGUGUUCAGCUGUCACAAGAAGAAUCACACAACAAGCCCCUAUGGAUAACAUAAGUGAAGGGUAUGCUAUAUUAUCAAGAGUGUAUAUAGCUGUCACAGAUGUUAAAGCCAGUAUAUUUAUCAUGUAUGGAGAUUCUUUGACCAUUUCACUGUUGAGGACAGCUAUAUUUCUAAGAGAUCCUGAAAAUAGAGAAAACGUGUCAUAUGGCAAGGUGUGGAUUAUGACAACCCAGAUUGAUUUUGUAUCGACGGGUCUUGAGAGAAAUUGGGAUUUUCAACAAUUCCAAGGUGCCAUCACUUUCUCAAUUCACUCAAAAGAUUUUCCAGGGUUCAAGGAAUUCAUCCACACCAAAGCACCUCAGUGGACCCAGGGAAAUGACUUUUUCAAAGAUUUCUGGGAGCAAGCAUUUGACUGUUUCUUCCCAGAUCCCAUAACAUCAGUGAUUGUUGAUGAACUAUGUACUGGAGCAGAGAAGCUAGAGAGUCUUUCUGCGGGUCUUUUUGAAGUGCACAUGACUGGCCACAGCUAUGGAAUCUAUAAUGCUGUUUAUGCUUUAGCUCAUGCUUUGCAUGCCGUGUCUUUAUCUCAGGCCAAACACAGAGCAAUGGUGAGGGGUGGAAGCAUUGCUCUUCAGUCUCUGCAGCCUUGGCAGCUCCACGUUUUUCUUCAAAGUGUUUCAUUUAACAACUCAGCAAAGGAGACAGUUUCCUUUAAUGACAACAGGGUACUGGAAGGUGGAUUUGACAUCAUGAACAUAGUCACAUUGCUCAAUAACUCCUUCCAGAAAGUGAAAAUUGGAAGGUUGGAUCCCAGUGAUAAUAGAGGAAAUGGAUUCAUCAUUAAUGAAGAUAUGAUUGUUUGGCACAGACAUUUUAACCAGGUGAUUCCUGUUUCUGUCUGUAAUGAAUGCUGCCAGCCUGGUAAUCAGAAGAGAAGGAAGGAAGGGGAAAAAUUUUGCUGCUAUGAUUGUGACCCCUGCCCAGUAGGGAAGAUUUCAAAUCAGACUGAUAUGAAAGACUGUUUCAAAUGUCCAGAAGACCACUAUCCAAACAAGUAUAGAAAUGGUUGCAUCCCCAAAACUAUACAUUUUUUGUCUUACCAAGAACCAUUAGGGAUCAGUUUAGCCUCAGCUGCUGUUUCAUUCUGCCUGAUUACAGCCUUGGUACUAGGAACAUUUAUUAGGCACAGAGAUACCCCCAUAGUCAGAGCCAACAACUGGGAUCUCACAUACAUUCUUCUCAUCUCUCUCAUGCUCUGCUUCCUCUCCUCUUUACUGUUCCUUGGUCAACCUGGGAAAGUGACCUGCCUUCUCCGACAACCAACUUUUGGCAUCAUCUUCUCAGUGGCUGUUUCCUGUGUUCUGGAAAAAACCACCAUAGUUUCUCUUGCAUUUAGAGCCACAAAGCCUGGAUCUCGGCUAAGCAAAUGGGUGGGCAAAAGACCAGCAUAUUGCAUUGUCCUCCCAUGCUCCCUUGUUCAAGCAAGCAUUUGUACUCUGUGGCUGACUACCUCUCCAUCAUUCCCUGAUUUAGAUAUGCACUCAGUAACUGAUGAAAUCAUUCUGCAAUGUAAUGAAGGUUCAGUCACCAUGUUUUACUGUAUCCUCGCCUACAUGGGCUUCCUAGCCAUUGUCAGUUUCAUUGUGGCCUUCCAAGCCCGCAAAUUACCUAACAGUUUUAAUGAAGCCAAGUUCAUUACAUUCAGCAUGUUGGUGUUUUGCAUUGUGUGGAUCUGCUUUAUUCCAACAUACUUGAGCACAAGAGGAAAAUACCUGGUGGCUGUGGAGAUCUUCUCCAUCUUGUUUUCCAGUGCUGGGUUACUGGGGUGCAUAUUUGUCCCUAAAUGCUACAUCAUUUUAUUAAGGCCUGAAUUGAACACCAAAAAGCAAUUAAUCAUACAUUAUUUAAAAAAAAACCACUUUCUCCACCUGUCUAUUAUCUUAUUAUGCAUAUUGUCUACUGAUUUAGUAGCAUUAAGUUCUACUGUACCAAAACUCCAAGCUAAGGAGAAUGGGUCUGAUCUAUGA